AUGUCCGUAACUGCUAAGAACUUUUAUCGUCGUUCUUUACCUGACACCUGUGUCGAUUUUUCAAGUGUUCAAGGCAAAACCUUUUUCAAAGAGGCUCUUAUAGAAGGAAACGCGGAAAUAUAUUUUAAACUCGCUUCUCAAUUCAAAACGCAAGAUGAGCCAGCAUAUUGUGGAUUAAGCACAUUAGUGAUGGUGUUGAAUGCUCUGGAGGUCGACCCAGAACGUGUUUGGAAAGCUCCUUGGAGGUUUUAUCACGAAUCAAUGCUCGAUUGCUGUGUUCCACUGGAAAAAGUCAAAAUAUCUGGAAUCAAUCUUAUCCAAUUCAAUUGCUUAGCAGUAUGUAAUCGAUUGCAAACAUUCAUAUAUCACGCUGAUGAAUCAGAAGAGUUUUUGAAUCAGUUACGAGAAGAUUUAAUUAACAGCGUGAGGAGUGAUGAUUCUGUGUUAGUCGCCGCUUACGAUAGAUCAGUUCUCGGUCAAACUGGUAGUGGACAUUUUUCUCCGCUAGGAGCUUACAAUUCCGUAACGGACAGUGUUCUCAUAAUGGACGUUGCUCGAUUCAAAUACCCACCUCAUUGGGUUCCUUUACGUAUAUUACAGAAGUCAAUGUGCUCAGUAGAUACGUCUACCAAAAAAACAAGAGGGUACAGUUUGCUGAAGCUUCAAACUGAUUCAAGACCCUUAGUGAUGUUUGGCAUCAAGUGUAACUUGAGCUGUAACGACCCAGAGUUUGCUGAUUCCGUACUAUCCUGGAACGCCUUCCUUCUGGAGAAAACAUUGCCGAAAGAAGAAGAAGAACUCUAUUUUUCAUGUCGUCGAUUCGCUCAAUAUUUCUCCCCUCAUGCUCUCUGCUGGUCUAGAAAAUGUUUGGAAGAAGAAGAGGAACGUGCCAAAACUAAAAAACAAGAGUCCGAAACAAAGUGCUGCACUGAGAACUUUUCUGAAGCUUGUCGCAUAGUUUGCGAAGAAAUAAGAAAUACGAAGAUUUCUAAAAUUUUCCAAAAUGGUGCAGUAGCAGCAUUGAUGAUCGCAUGGCCUUAUGAAAAUGGAAAAUCUGAGAGAUGCGACAGACUGUACUCACUUACCCAAGAUUUCAUUUCAAAAUUUUCAAGAGAAACUAAGAACGAAAUAGCUCUACUCAACACGCAACUGGUAACUAUGAUAUCGUGUAAUAAGCCACCUAUCCGCAUCGGCCAACCGACUCCAAAAUGCAUGAAGUCGACUGAUUGUCAAUGUAAAUAA